AUGGCGGAUCCGAAGACCACCGUAACGCUCGCCGCGGAUUCCAACCAGGCCUUGGGCAUUGCCCAGUAUGCGUUGGACUUCAUUGGCGGCAAGUACGGCGACAACAUCGAUGCCAGCGUCUGGGAGAAGAUUGAGCAGUUCCAUACGGAUUCUGUGAUGUGCGGGAUCUCUGCACUCGCCAUGAAGUGCAACUCCCCCACGGUCUUGCGCGAAGAGGCCCUGACCUACAAGGAUGACGAGGGUGCGACGGUGUUCGGCAGCAAGCAGAAGUGUGCUCCUGAGAAGGCCGUGGUGGCAAAUUCGGCAGCGGCGCGAGAGUGGGAUUCCAACGGAACCGUCUUUGGCUACAAUCCCAACAUCCCGGGUCACCAGGCUGGAGAGUUUGGCCACAACGACUUCUACGGGGUCGUCAUUGCUGCGGCUCAGGUGACGGGGAAGGUCACUGGCAAGACCGCCCUCCGCGCCAUGAUCUGUCUCGAUGAGAUUCGCGGCCGUCUCGCAGAAGUUUUCAGCCUCAAGAGCUACAAGCUGGACCAUGUCGUGCAUGGUGCGAUCGCGUCCGCAGCGGUCUACGGAGCCUUGUUGGGAGCCACGGCCGAGGAGAUCGAGAGCGCCAUCGGCAUGGUGGUUGCGCACUACGUACCCUUCCGUGCCAUCCGAGCAGGGAAGCAGCUUUCGGAUUCGAAAGGUGCCUCUGCAGCCAUCUCGACAGAGGCAGCGGUGCUUUCCAUGCGUCGUGCCAUGCGCGGUUUCGUGGGCCCCCGUGACAUCUUCCGCAACCCCGAGAGCAUCUUCAGGUUUUUCGAGCCCACCACGGGCGUGACGAAGAACAAGGACAGUAUUGACAUCACCUUGGGCAACAAAGUUCGCUGGGGGCAAGGCCCCAGCCCCUUCAACCUGGUCUUGACGCACUCGGGCUCCGACUUCGCCGUGUGUGGCAUGCACUUUAAGAUUGGCCUCUACGAGCAUCAGUCCGCUGGAGCACUGCACGGUGCCGUGCAGCUGGUCGCCGACAACGAGGAACUCUGCACCAAGGGCUUGGACAGCAUCGAGGAGAUUUCAAUUGUGGCCUACGAGCCAGCCUUCGGCAUCAUUGGUGACCCAGCGAAGAAGGAUCCAAAGACGCGACAGUCCGCAGAUCACUCCAUGGCCUUCAUCGUUUCGCGCAUGUUGCAGAAGGCGGUUGCCAAGGGCAAGAAGCCCCCCAGUGUGCAGGCGGCCUGGAACGAUCUCAUGCUCACACCCUAUGACUAUGGCAAGGAUGCGCUCUAUGAUGCGACAACGCGUGCCCUCAUGCAGAAGAUCACUUUCAAGCACGGCGGCGCUGAGUACGAUGCCAAGUACCCCGAUGGUAUUCCAACCUCCAUCGACAUCACCAUGAAGGGCGGCAAGAAGUUGUCCAGCGGACUCGUGAUGUACCCACCAGGCCACGCGAGGAACACCACCGCUGACCUCAAGGGUUUGUUGGCCACUAAGAACAAGAUGCUUGGUGACUUGGUUUUCAAGGAUGAGACGUCGUACAAAAAGUUCCUCGAGCCAUUGAUUAACAUGAAGAAUCUCCCCUCUGCGGCCAUGCAGGACAUCUACUCUUUUGAUUUCUCUGACAUGAGGGAGCACAAGUGCAUCGACGGUGAUCUCCCCGUGGUCCCGCCUCUGAAGUCCCGCGACGUGACCAUGCCCUCUGCGCAGUUGGAGGCACAGGUGCAGCGGGACGCUCCGAACGACCACGCCGUGGCAGCCCGCGUUUCCGCCUGUGAGCAGCGGCUUGUCAGUUGCGAGUCCCAGGCUGGGCUCAUCAGCCAGCUCGAGGAGGAGCUCCGUGCCCUUCGCAAGGUCUUCGACGACCGCAGUAUCAUGGACACCCAACGACUGCACCUGCUCGAGAGCCGGGCGCAGCAGUCGCAAGCCCACGAGACGCACGUUCAGGAGCACCUUACCAACCUCCAGGCAGAGUUCCAGCAGUUCACGACUCAGUCCGUGAGCCGCCAGCUCGCGGACCAUGUGGACAUGGAGGGCCAGGUAUCCAAUGCGCUGGCCCGGCAGAUCCACUCCACCGAGGAGUGGCGCUUGGCCAUCAAGCAGAAGGAUGCACAGGUUCAAUCUGACCUCGAGCUGCUCAACGCCUCACUGGAGGACGUGCGUGAGAAGCUGCUCACUUCCCAGGCGGAGCUGCGGGUGCGGCUCACGGCGCUGGAAGUUCCGGGGAGAGCCGCGGAGGCGACAGGCCGGGCAGAGCUCGGCGACGGCUUUGCGGCUCAGGCCAGCCGGGCGCCGUGA